UUAAGUCCUGCGCUCUCUUUGCCCCUCCUCUUUGAUGUUCUGACAUCAUUAGUCCAGCCCCCCGAAAGAUCUCCUUGCUUUUCUCAGAGCCCGUCACUUCUACUCUGGAAUGUGUGCAGCAACUUCAUGAGCUGCAUCAGGCCCAGGUGUUUGGAGAGAGACAUGCUGUGAAGAAACUUUUCGUUCAGGGAUCACAGCGGAUGCCACAGGUCUAGCCGCUGGGCUCAACAGAGUAAUGGCUGUUCAGACUGCAAUCAUGAACCCUCAGUUCAUGACUUUCUGCUUCCCUGGUUCUGUGAUGGAGUAUGAGGUGGAGAAAGGCCUGGAUGGGAGUCUCCUCGGUGAGGCAGAAAAUGACGAGGACUACAAAGAGACCACUAGGGACCUGCUGAGCUUCAUAGACUCAGCCUCCAGCAAUAUCAAGCUGGCUCUGGACAAGCCGGUGAAAUCCAAGAGGAAAGUCAACCACCGGAAGUAUCUACAGAAGCAGAUCAAAAGGUGCACCGGCAUUAUAACACCAGGAAAUGUAGCAGAUACUGCUGUUAAAAGACAGGGUUCCCCCCUGGCUCAACCCAGCCCUUUGCAGAGCAAAACUCUGCCUAAACGCGAUGGAGUCCAGGCAAACUUACAGAGCAAGAGCCUGGCAGCCCUGUUCAGCCCUGUGAAGGAUAUAAGAGGUGAAAAAGCCAAGAAACCACCCCUAAGGCAUCGCAAUCUGCCCCCCUCUUUCUUCACCGAGCCUGCCAACUGCUCAAAAGUCAGCUCCACAUCUGGGAUGACGCUGAAGGACUUGGAGCGAGGAAAUCCUGAGGCUGCGGAGUUCUUCGAGCUCUUGGGGCCUGAUUAUAGCAACAUGGUGAGCGACCAGGACCUUUAUCAAAGUAUGCCGGUCCGUGUGCUGCCAGAGAUGGGAGGCCUGGAUCCUGCUUCAUACGAUGCUCAUCAUUUAGUUGGUGGACUGCUGUACUCCGAGCCCUGGACUAGCUGCUCGGGACCCUCUAAGAAACUAGAGGAGAGCCUUCGUACGGGCCCAGCCCAGCCUCCUCUCUACUGUCCCUCUGAGACUGCUCCUGGGUCCAUAGAGGACAACGCACUGUGCACUUUGGCCUUCCCAAACUUCUUCACAGACUGCUCCAUACCUCAGGUCACUUAUGAUUUAAGUGGUGGUUAUAACAGAGCUAACUAUUCAUCUCUAUGAGAAACUGUUCUUAGAAGUGCUGCUGGUGAAAAGCAGAUACAAUUGCUCUGAUUAGUUUAACACUAGGCUAAGAGAAUUGGAUAUUACUUUAUCAAUAUUGUUUAUGUGUUGUGGGAGUAAUAUUGCAACUGGAUUUAAUCAUUUUGCAUCAUCUCCUCAUUGCGUCAUGUGUCACUUUCCUGGAGAAAAACAAGCAACUUCAAAUAUAGUAUUUCAUGAGAAACUGUCCAAAGCUUUUUCAAGUCAAUGCAUGCCAUUUACCUUUUCGACAUCCCAGUCUAAUUAACUAUUCUGUUUAAUGUUAAGAUGUUUCACAUAUUAUUUUCUUUAUCUCAGGCAAUUUCUAAUGAUAGUCAGAAUGAAAAUUCAUCUCAUUUUGGGUGAGUUUCAGUUUUGUCAGUGGAGUGAAUCCGGUCAUUAAUAUGAAGACUUUUCAUUCUUACAAUUUCAUGUUGGACAAAAAGAAAACAUACAAGCUGCAGAUAUAGUGGUUGGUGUAGUCCGCUGAACCUCACUUAUUGCUAGAUAUUAUAGAAGUGUUCGUCACAUUUGACAAAACAUGCUGACACUCAGCCAGGCACUCCUAUUAAUAACUGUUCUGUGUAGAGGGGGAAAUCAUUUUUGCUGAAAUGAUUAUUAGAACAAUGUGUGAUGCAAUGUUUGUUUUACAACAUUUUACAGCUGGCAGAUUUACCACUUGUAUCCAAUUGAUUGGAAAAGCCUUAAAUGUAUCUAGCUAUUGUAAGAGGACAAAAUAAAGCUGGUCUUUAUUAUU